CCAAGUGUCAUGGCUGACGAAGAGCUGAGCACCCAAGCCACCAAAAAGGGAAGCUUGUCACCCAGCAGCUCCCGGGGCAGCACGACAGAGUCGAGCACACUGCUGCAGGAGCUGAAGAGCACCAUCUCCAAAUCCGUGCAGAACAAAGUUGACGCCAUCCUGCAAGAUGUCCAGAAGUUUUCAGAUAGCGACAAGCUCUACCUCUACCUCCAGCUGCCGUCAGGACCAAGCCUGGGGGAGAAGAGCGGUAGCCUGGACUUGAGCUCGCUGAGCACAGCCGAGUACAUGCAUGCGUGCAACUGGAUCCGGAACCACCUGGAGGAGCACAUGGACACCUGCCUGCCCAAGCAGGACGUCUACGACGCCUACAAGCGAUACUGCGAUAACCUCUGCUGUCGCCCUCUGAGCACCGCCAAUUUCGGCAAGAUCAUCCGGGAGAUAUUCCCAAACAUCAAAGCCCGACGGCUGGGAGGCCGAGGACAGUCAAAGUACUGCUACAGCGGGAUCCGGAGGAAGACGGUGGUCAGCCUGCCACCCCUGCCCAGCCUAGACCUCAAAGUGACCGAGACCUCAGAGCUGACGGACCUGGUGCAGUCCUACAACAGCGAGGUGAUGGAGGCAGCCUGCGCCCUGACCUGUGACUGGGCCGAGAAGAUCCUCAAGCGCUCCUUCAACAACAUCGUGGAGGUGGCCCAGUUCCUCAUCCAGCAGCACAUCAUCAGCUCCCGCUCACCCCGCGCCGACCUGGUCAUGGCCAUGGUGGUCUCAGAGAGCACGGAGAAGGUCCACCGCGAGAGUUGGACCCCGUCAACAGCAAAGAAGAAUGGCCUGGACACCUCCGAGAGCGGUGUCAGGAGCCAGGGGCAGAUCAAGAAGGAGAGCAGCCCCAAGCCCCCUGGCCCACCCCGUCCCGAGAAGAAGAAGCCCUCGGAACCCCCCAAGGCGGCCAGCAGCCCCCAGGUGAACGCCUUGGUCGCCCGCCUGCCCCUGCUCCUGCCCCGCAUCCCGUCGGGGGAGUGCCUGACGGCACCUGGCGCCACAGCUGUCCGCUCCUCCCCUCCCGUCCUGGCCCCCAAAAUCACAGCCGCCCCCCUGGGGGGCACCGUCAAGGUGGCCCUGCCGCUGCCAGUGGGCACGGCCUCCCCCUCCGUGCCCCUGGGGCUGGCCCCGGGGGCCAAUGGGCCGGCGGGGCUCCUGAGCCAGCAAGCCGCCGUCCCGGUCCUCAAUGUGCUGCUGCCCGGCGUGGGCAUCCCUGCGGCCGAGACCCCCACCAACCCCCAGAGCGCGGGGGGCAGCGAGGGUCCCGGCCCCCAGGACUCGCAGCGCCCCAAGGCCACCAAGCGUCCCCUGGAGCCAGCUGGCAACGCUGCCCCCCAGAAACGGAGACGUGGGCGGCCACGGAAGAGGCCGGAGGAAGGGGCCGCGGGGUCCCCGGGGGAGACGGCGGAGCUUGGCAGCGGGGCAGCUGUGGGUGCCAAUGGCGGCGGCUCUCCCGGAGGUGGCAGUGCCACCAGACCCCUCGGGGACAGCCCGGCCGGGGGGUCCCUGCCCACCCAGGUCAGCGUCAUCCAGGACGGCAGGACCAGUGCCAAGGCUGUCGACAGCCACGAGCUGGCACCAGAGGAGGAGGAGGCACAGCGGAGCGUGGAUGAGGCUGGGUCCCCUCUGAGUGACACCGGGACUGCCUGGGACCCCCCUGUCGGGGACCCCCCUGCCUCACAUCACGACGGACGGACACAGGCAGGCGCCAGUUCCGCUGCUGACACAUCCCAGGGGGGCUCACCGGGGUGGGCAGGGCUCCGCGCCCACCCUGGCACUUAG